UGGUCUUCCCUAAGAUAAAUCAUGGCUUUCUUUCUGCUGAUCAACAACUCAUUAAACGUCGACUCAUUAAGGGUGAUCAGGGUCAAGCAGGGCCCCCAGGACCUCCUGGGCCUCCAGGCCCCCCAGGCCCCAGGGGACCUCCAGGAGACACAGGCAAAGAUGGUCCUCGGGGAAUUCCAGGGCUCCCAGGAGACCCUGGAAAUCCAGGGGAGAUCGGUCAAAUGGGACCCGAGGGCCCUCCUGGACAGAAGGGUUCCAUUGGGCCACCUGGUAUUCCAGGUAUCGAUGGAAUAAAGGGUGACAGAGGUGAACAGGGUGAGAAGGGAGACAUGGGAGAGCAGGGGCCGAAAGGUGACACUGGAGAGAAGGGUAAUGCAGGAUCCUCUGCCGCUGGAAUUAAGGGUGAGCCAGGAGAGCCAGGACGUGGAGGACAAAAGGGUGAGCCAGGACUUCCAGGGCUGCCUGGACUCCCCGGGAUUAAGGGUGAACCUGGUUUCUUUGGGCCUCAAGGUGAGCCUGGGCUUCCAGGCCUGCCAGGAACUAAGGGUGAAAGAGGGGAACCUGGACCGUUUGGCAAGGGUGAACGUGGUGAGACAGGUCCAGCAGGACACAAGUCUUAA